AUGAAGUUUUUUGGAAUUUCUCUUUGCUUUUUACUUGGAAUUACCUUUUUAAGUGCUGAGGUACCUGCUGGUUAUGCAAGUGUUAGACAAUGCCGUUGUGAUGACAUUGAUAGAUGUUCAGAGGAACUUCAAAAACGAACAUUAAAAUGUAAAAAAGAGGCACAAUGUACUAAUAUAUUGAGUCGUAUUGGAAAUGCCGAUAAAAUAAUUGCAUGUUUAGAUAAAGAAACUGAUUUUGCCAUAAAAAUGGAUAGUUGUGUAAAAAAUAAAAUUGGAUCACUUGGUUGUUCAAAUGAGGUAAAUCCUUCAAAUCUUACAAUUCCUCUUAUUCCUAUAAUACCACAUAAUGAUGGAACAAAUGUUGAUUUGUCAAAUGAUGAUUCAUUUAUUGCAGCUCCAGCUGUCUCACAAAUGCAAGGUCCUCCUGAACUUGGACAAUUUAUUAUGUGUUUAGAGGAAUGUUCAAUGGUAGAACCAUUAAAUAUUAUUCCUAAAACUCAUCGUUCUAAAAGAUCUCCUGUAUCUUGUGCCUUCCUCAUGAAAUGUGCACUUUCUCCACCCGAUGAAAAAGCUAAUGCUGCUUUUAAAGAAUGUGAACAAGAAUAUAAUUUUAAUGAAAAAAAUAGAGCCAAAGAAAGUUGUGAAUGUUUAAAAGAUGCUGGUAUUACAUCAUUAUCAUGUACCAAUUAA